UUUUAUUUUUAGGAGAGGAGUAUUGCGUAUUUAAGUCGGAGAGGCGCGAGGAGUGGGUGGCGCCAAGCGAAGCAACCGGUGUUCAAGUUUCCCCGCGCAAAAAUUUUCCGUCGCCUCGCCGCCUCCUCCCGCGCUCUCCUCCUCCUCGCCGCCUGACGCCGCCGGAGUUCUCGAGCAUUGCGUGUGGCGCCGCGGCGGAGCAGGCGGCGGGUGGGCCUCCCGCGGCGGCAUUCAGUGUCCGGUCCGCCAUCUCCGCCCCCGUCUUCUUCUCCGGAUUACCGGUGGUCGGGGGGUCUGCGACAUCUAGGGUUUCGAGAUCAGGAGUUAACAUUUCUUAGGCGAAGUCAAUAUUUCACCGGAUAUCUAUUUGCUGCUGAAUAACAGAAAGCAUGAAGCCUCAGCAGCAUCGUAAAGCAACUGAAACAGGAGCAAAUAUAAAACUAGGCUGUAGUAAGAUGCAAAGCCUGAAACCUGGCAAAUAUAUCAACAAACCAUCAGGAAAUGCUAACACAAAGUGCAGAGUAGCGGUCACACCGCCUCAAUUGUACACUGAAAAUCAAAUGGCGUUGAAGGGUGGUAGUACAAUGGAAGCACAAUUUUGUGAUUCUAAGAAUUUCUCUAACCGACAACCAAAUCAUUCUGGAAAGAUCAAGCUUGAAUUAUUCCCGAUAGAUAAGGCAAUUCAAAAGGUUCUGCAGCAGGAAAACCACAAUCCUUACCUGGAAUUGACUUUAGCUCCACGAAAGAAGAUAUCUUCAGUUGUGCAGCAUCUGAACAUAAAAUGGGGCAAUUCUCAGUGUGCAAGAGGCGAACUCAUGCUCUUUCCUUAUGAUGCUCAACUGGAUAACAUAGCUGGUAGUGGAAAAUGGACUCAUAGUGAUUCUUGCACGGCUGCUGAUGUGCAUGCUGCAGUUGGCAGCCCUUUGAGAUUUCGAUUAAGAUAUGGUUGGUUUGAACCUGAUUUUGAGCAACAAAGCCAUGGACCAAAUUUACAAGAUGUGCACUCUGUAGACAAGAUCAUUGACAACAAGCCUCUGGAUCCUGUUCUCAUGGAACAGAAACAAACGGUUCAUUUGAGUGAGUUCCCGAAUGACUUUGCUGCGCAGUCUGUUGGGGACAAUGCAGUACAGACUGUGGGUAAUCAAAGCAAAGUAACGCCGCUUUCAUGGAUUGAUUGCAUAUCUAAUAUAAGCUUUGAAGAAUUGUUAUCUGAAGCUGCACCUUCUGCAGACAACAAGCAAUUGCUUUCUCAAAAUAAUACGAGUUUCUCACAGAUCCCUAUUAAUUUCGAUUCAUUCGACGCUGCUAUUGCUUCUGUGAUUGGUCAGCAACAAGCAAGUAACCAAAUGAAGGUGUCAAACCCAUCCCUUUGGGAUGCUGAAGAAGCUUGUCAUGCAUUUCCUUUGCAGAGUCAAACUUCAAUCAGGACAUUUGGUUCAGGUCCUAACCAUAGUGGUGCUAUUACCUCAUCCAUCCUUGGCACAAUUCCAGAAUGUGUCACAGAUGUUGACCAGCAAUGCUUUACUGAAGUUUGGGAAGAGGAACCAAGCCCUCAUAUACCACUCUCGUGUAAGGACAAUGUGGCACCAUACAUAUCACUGCCUGAAUUUGGUGAGCCAGAGCUUGGAGCGUAUUGCUCUAGACUUUUGAGUGGUACAGACAGUUUAGGGCUAAGUGGUUUACUGUCAAACAGCUUGGAUGCAUUCCAGAAAUUCUCUGUUUUCUGAGCCUUUUGAAGCUCAGCUCCUAUAUGGACAAAUUGAAGCUAUAAACCAUGUACAGAUCAGAGGAACUAAGAAGCAGCAUUAACUGGGCAUUAAGAGAACAACCGAUCGUUUUGGGCUUUGGCGAAUGCUGAAGCCACAGUAGAUAUUUAGUGAAUUUUUUCAUUCAAACAUUUUUGCUGGUUGCUAGCAUAUGACGCCUGCUUUGUAUCAUGCAAAGUCUUGCAGCAAGCAUGGGCUAAAUUUGGAAGAACUGAAAUAUGUAUAUCUAACAAAUACUUCAAUAUUAUCAUAUGCCACUCUACCAAUGGAAUACAACUGUAUGAUUGCCCUGAUUGGCAAAAAUACUUCAAUAUUAUCAUAUGCCACUCUACCGAUGGUAGUAGCCAUGUGCAAUUCAGCAA